AUGACCGAUCCCAUGCCCGAGUACAUUCCUGUGGCGCGACUUGCAAGAAACGUCGAGACAGGAGACAACAAAGUUCUCCGUCACACUCAUGAGCAGUACCAGCAAGACAUGGCGUACGUUGAGAUGAAGCUGGCAGAAAUGGUGGCUGCUGGGAUGGACUUGCGCACUGAAGCGAACAAGAAGCUUGUCGAAAUCAACAAGGACCGAAAACUUGGUGGGUAUCCUCCCAUCAAAGAAUGGAUCUAUGGAAACGACAUUCAUGGCAUCCUUUGGGUUCGAUACCUCUUGGAGGAUGGUAGCCGCAGUAUGCUUCCUUAUGAGAAUGAUCAUCCUGACAUGUUCAUCUUUGAACAUCUCAUCAUGCUGAAGCUUCUCCUCCCAAACCCGUUCGAGGAAGCCCACAAGACCACUCACUUCUGUGAGAUCUGGCGGUACAAUGAAGAUGCCUACAUCCGUCGGUACCAUCGUUGGUUGGGAGAGAUUGACUUGCUGACUGAGAAGGUCGAAGCGUCCAGUGACGAUGAGGAUUCGGUCAACAUGGGAGGCAUCAAUCUCGGAAAGUUUGAGCGGUUCUUGGACAAGCAAGAUGAUCUUUCCCGUGUGGUUCCAGAGACACUUUUCAGGGCUGGGGAUGUCUAUGACACUGAUGGAACGAACCACACCGCGGACGAUGAAGAUGACCUUGUAGGCCUGGAACCCGAAGAUGUUCUUUUGGAUGAACCAGUGGAAGAACCAGCCGUGGCAGAAGAACCAGCCAUGGAAGAGCCUUCUGACUUGGGAAAAUGCAUUGGUCCCAGCCAAGAACCCAGUGAAGAAAGCAGUGGCACGGCAUCUGCUGGUACGAAAAAGGUCGUGAUUGAUGAGAUCUUGAAACGUCCAGUUGAUUGGGUGUUUUCCCAGUUUGCUGCGGAGGAGGUUUCUCAGACGACCGACAGCUCGCCCAUUUCUCAGAAGACCACGAGUUCCACCACUGCCACUUCGGAUUCAUCGAACUCUGAUGAAGAUGAGAGCCCAUGCAAGAAACAGAAGACCAGCCGCGAAGAAGAAGACGAAGCUACCAUCGAUGGGAAUGGCGAGGAAGAUAAUGGCGAGGAAGAUAAUGGCGAUGAAGAUAAUGGCGAAGAAGAGAGCAUUCCAAGCGGUGUUGAGAUCUUGGCGACCGGCAGCUUCUCCUAUUAG